UAGUGUGACGACGUUGCCACUUCAAAUAUUAAAAAUGGCGUUUAAUUUACAAACAUUUUUCAUGAUGCUUUUCGUAAAAUUUCAACCGGUGAAGAAAUUCUUUUUAGAUUUCCUGUCGAGUAGCACAAUUCAUGGAUUUAAUCAUAUUGCUGCUCCAAAAAGACACAUAAUUGAACGUUUAAUAUGGAUUUCAUUAGUAGCAAUGGGUUUAUACGCGACGGCCAUCUUGAGUGGUUUAACACUAACAAGAUAUUUUGAAAACCCGACGGUUAUUUCAAUGGAACGCGAUCGUUUCUCAUGGAAUACUUCAUUUCCGUCAGCGACAAUUUGUCCAACGACUAAACUAGAAGAAGAAGUCUUACACGAAUACGUAGAAAAGUCUAAUGCAAAAAACAAAAGUGCUUUGAUACAUUUCAUAACAACAUUAGCAAAUGCAGGCUAUGAAAACUUUGAGACAGUUGUGGAAUAUCCUGAUAUUGAUCCAAAAGAUUACAUGGAUUUGUUAUUAUCACUGCGAUUUAAUUUUAAACCACAAUUGUCUAAUUCAGGUGUGACAGGUCGACAAUAUGCUCUUGAAAUGACUAUAACUGAAUUUGGCAUUUGCUAUUCUUUUAAUUCACAGUUGGCUAUUUAUAAUUCACCUAAUUAUUGGAAUUCUAAUUUAUGGAAAGUUCUGCCUGAAAACGAAACUUUUUCUGUGAAUCCUUUAGAUGGUGAAGUGUUUGCCAAUGUUGUAAAUAUGUCAACCGGAUACAAAUUAUUUAUUCACGGGCCAUUUGAAGUUGCCGAUGUGUCAAGCAAAGCGAUUAACUCCCCAAACGGCUAUUUUUUGCAAGUAUAUUUAACAGCACUUUCGAUUUACAGCAGUGAACGUGCAAGAAAUCUGCAAGUUAAUCAACGAAAGUGUCGUUUUUAUUAUGAGAGCAAUCUACGUCAUUCUCCAGUGUAUUCUUACGCCCUCUGUCGAACAGAGUGCCGGCUGCAGUUGGCGCUGGGGUUAUGCGGAUGUGUGCCGCACUUUUAUCGCAAACUUGACGGAUAUAAAGUAUGUGAUGUCAAAGGGAUGCAUUGUUUAGCACAACACAAAGAUCGUUUAGUUGCUAUGAAAAAAGAAUGUAAAUGUUUAACAAAUUGUGACGAAGUGAAUUACGUCGUACAGCAUUAUGACGCUCGAGAAUGGUUCCUCGGUUCUAAUCUGCAAUGGGGACUUAAAGAAUAUCCACGAAUGCGUCUUAAACGUGACGUUAUUUUUGGAUUUGCUGAUGUUUUAGUUUAUGUCGGUGGUAUGGCUGGAUUGUUUUUCGGCUGUAGUGUGUUAUCAUUCGCAGAAAUAUUUUACUUCUUCACGCUACAUCUGUUCUUUUUCGUCAAGAAAUCACGCAAAGAACAGCAAACAAACGAAAAAUCUGCUGAGGUUAACAAAAAAUUAAAACAAGUAUUACCGGCUGAACCUGAUGCAGAAAGUGUUAAAAAUGUUUGGAAUUAUCCACACGAUGAUUAUAACAAUUUUAAUUUUGUCAAAUUCAGCAGAUUGAAUGGUAAACGUACCAAAGUUUUUAUUCGUCCAUAAAAUAUUAUA